GGCGAUUGAAAGUCGAUACAUCUGAGUGAAGGACGCGUAAUAAUUUGAACUUUGACCCUGGGUAGCAGAUAAUCAGUCUCGUCCACAAUAUGGCGUUAUCGACAGCUGCUGCUACAAAUCUAUUUUUAAUAGCAGGGAUCGUGACGCUACAAUGUUUGCUUCCUGUGAGAGGUGACACCAUCGUGAUGCUACGAUUGGAUCACUAUGCCAACUCACAAAGGCAGAUAUCUGGUGGUGGUAAUUGCGACCCGUUUGGGGGUUCCUGUGACGUCAGAGUAACGUUCUGUCUCGCGCCACCAGGAUCUUCCAGCUCUGGAGACUUUUCGGAUUGUGAAUUGAAGAUCACUAGCAGUACGGUUUACAACAAUAAAAAUUCGUUUGAUUUCCCUGACGUCAUACCUAACAACAAAGAGCAACCCUUCUCAACACUGUUGUCAACAUGGACGGGCAGUAUACGUUUCAAAUCUGCGGCUUACGACGUUGAUGACGUGGGCGGCGAUGACAAGAUAGACAACUACGAUCUAACGGCUAGUCUGACACCAGCUCGUACCGGUAACCAAGCAACAUGGACUGAUUAUACUAUUAGCGGUGCACGGACAAGCUCAACCAUGGAUAUCCAGCUCAAAGCUUACUGUGAUGAAAACUAUUAUGGUACAAGCUGCAGUGUGUUCUGUGAACCGCAUGACGACAGUACGGGACACUACGAAUGCAACACAAAUAACGGUGCCAAAAUAUGUCACGAUGGGUGGACGGGCCAAUCAUGCCAUGUGAACAUCAACGAGUGUUCAAGUACACCGUGCCAACAUGGCGGGACAUGUGAAGAUUUCGUUGACCGAUAUCAAUGUCAGUGCGCCGAUGGAUAUACAGGUGUCAACUGUGAGAUUGAAAUAAAUGAGUGUGCCAGUUCACCAUGCCAACAUGAUGGUACAUGCAUCGAUCACGUGAACAGAUAUGAAUGUGUUUGCAUCGACGGUUACCAAGGAGACAGAUGCCAAACGGAGAUUGAUGAGUGUGAAAGUCAACCAUGCCAAAAUGGCGGACUAUGCAUUGACGCUAUCGCGGGUUAUACUUGCGCAUGUGCGUCAGGAUUUAAAGGCGUUAACUGUGAAAUAAAUAUAGAUGAAUGUGAAAGCAACCCAUGUGAGAAUGACGGAACGUGCCUUGAUGAAGUUGAUGGGUACACAUGCUUGUGUCGAUUAGGUUAUGAGGGACAACUCUGUGAGAAUGAUGUCGAUGAAUGCAGCAGCAACCCCUGUCAAAACAAUGGUACGUGCCACCACGAGAUCGACUAUUACAACUGCACAUGCCUGCCUGGUAUCGAUGGCGUCAACUGCCAAAUUGACGUGGAUGAAUGCGCCAGUCUGCCAUGUCAAAAUGGCGGCACAUGCCAGGAUGAGAUAGACAACUUUAACUGUCUGUGUUCACUGGGAUUCCAGGGCGAUACCUGUCAAGUCAACAUCGACGACUGCAUGGCAGAUGUCUGUGAGAACAACGCCACGUGCAUUGAUGGAGUAAACUCAUUCACCUGCGCAUGCGUACUUGGGUUCGAGGGUGACCUCUGUGAAAUUAAUAUAAAUGAUUGUGCACUGUCGCCAUGUAUGAAUGGCGCCAUCUGUAUUGAUGAAAUUAACACCUAUACAUGUGUAUGCGCCCCUGGAUAUGAAGGAGAAAAUUGUACAGUUGAUAUAGACGAUUGCUAUGGUAACCCAUGUUAUAACAAUGCAACAUGUAUAGAUCAGAUCGAUUCCUUCAAGUGCAUGUGUCUUCCAGAAUACUAUGGCGACGAAUGCGAACUCCUGAAGGAUAACUGCUACAUCAACAACUGCACCAAUAAUUCGACAUGUGUACCUCUCAGCGCCGGGUAUAACUGCGCGUGUGCAGAAGGUUACCAUGGCAACUACUGCGAGCUGGAAAUUGAUGAGUGUCUAAGUUCACCUUGUUUGAAUAAUGGAGUAUGUCGCGAUUUCCCGGCAGGCUACGAAUGUAGGUGCGUGCAAGGAUUUACGGGUAACCAUUGCGAGAUAAACAUUGAUGAUUGUGAGUCGUCACCUUGUCACUAUGGCAACUGCACAGAUGGCGUUGCUAACUACACAUGUAAUUGCAAUAGUGGAUUCUAUGGGCGAGACUGCAAAUACGAAUUAGAUGAAUGUUUAUCUGACCCGUGUCUCCAUGGCAACUGUAGCGAUGCCAUUGAUGGAUUUACAUGUGAUUGCACCCCAGGGUAUGAUGGGAGCAUGUGUGAAAUCGACAUAGAUGAAUGCUUUGCAUCUCCUUGUAACAAUGGAACCUGUAUUGAUGGAAUCGAUGAGUUCCAGUGUGAUUGCUUCAAUGGUUUUACUGGUGAUUUAUGUGACAUUAACAUCGAUGAAUGUCUUUCCAACCCAUGUGUCAACGGCACAUGCGUAGACCUGAUAGACAGCUAUCAUUGUGAAUGCAUCCCUGGGUACACCGGGGACAAUUGCAGCGUAGAAAUAGACGAAUGUGCAUCGUCACCUUGUAACCAUGGUAACUGCACUGAUUACAUCAACAGAUUUACUUGCUUGUGUGCGGAUGGAUACAUUGGUACUCUGUGUAAUCAGUGUGAGGAGAUUAACUGCACACAUGGGGCAUGUGAGAGGAACAGUUCCAGUCUCUCGUGCAUUUGCGACGACGGCUAUGAAGGCGUGAACUGUGACAUCAACACAAAUGAAUGCGUCAGCAAUCCAUGUGUUAAACAUAGUGCUAACAAAGCUCGUGAAAGUAUUAUUCAGAGAAGCUGA